GUAUUUGCUGCAUGCCGGUCCACCAUUGACCAGGAACGGAGCAAGCAGAGGCAAGAAAAAGGGAGCGGAGAAAAGAAGAGGAGAAGAGGAAGAGAGGAGGAGAGAGCGAUAGAGAGCAGAGAUAGAGAAGACCAGGGUGUAAGAACUUUGGAACAUAUCAUAGUUACAUAUCCGAUCCUCAAUGACGUCGAGACAACCACCAAAGAAGAGAAAGAUCGAGGAGAAAGAAGAUAUUACAAACCUUUACUUCGGGGCCGAUUUUGAGGAUGCAGAAGCUAUGCUUAAUGCUGAAGUCAAGGUUAUCAUCGACAGCAUCAAUGAAGAAAAAGAUUUGGAAAUGUCAGAUUGGUCUGAGUUGAUGCAAAACACUACUUCAAAUGUUUCCACCUUUGGAAGGUUCCAAGAUAAAACAUCUAUCGCGACAUGCAAGCAGGAGCUGGUGGAUCUGGGAUGCCACACCUUCGAAGCAGCUUGCUUCGGAAACCUGCAGCCUGCCAACGCUGAUGAGGCGAAGCGUCUCAUCCCUUCUCUCACUCGCUUCACCGACGAUGCCGUCGAGAUGAUGUGCCAAUGCGUUCAGCGGGUCAAAGACGUUCAUGACAACUGAAGAAUGCAUGGAAAACAACUGACUCCUCUUCGACUUCGGCUUGGUGGCGAGACAGCUCUCUCGAUUUCAUCUCACUGUUUAGUACGAAGAUGAUGGACUAUGUGAAAGAGAACACGAUGUUGUUGCGAAAGAUGUUUAUUCAUGGCUGUCCUGGUGUUAGCUGCAGUUGUACGCUCGAUCACCUUUUCAACCUUUUAAAUCCCGUUGAAUUCAAUGUAUGGCAUUCAGAC